UUAAAUUUUAUUAACCAUAAAAUACCCAAAUGCCUAAUAUUAUUGGAAAUAAUAUUGGAAACAACAGGCAAGCCGGCAGUAAUGAUUUAAGUGUGGACACUCAAAUAUUUAAAAAAUGCAAAAAAAAAAAAAAAAGAAAAAAGAAAGCUUUAAGAGGGGAAGAUUUGAGGCGAAGAGACAAACGCACUUUCCCAAGUCGCCUCCUGACCAUCGACCAGCGGGGCUACUGUUUGUUAAUCUAAGGAGACACGACAGAGACUGCAGGUCCUUGGCGCAGCGUUUAAGUUACUGACUAAAACCCACCAGAGGGGAAGACGUACUGCCCGUGCUGAACUGCGUAAACCAAACCCAAGUCUGUAGGGCCAGGACUAGUUUUCAAAGACUGGGCUCCACAAGGCAACCCCGAACAGGAUUAAAUAUUACCUUAUUACCUUUAUUAUUAGUACAAUUUAAGUUAAUAUGCGCCCGCACAUUCCUGAAUGCCCCGCGACCCGGACUGCCUCGGAAGGCCUCGCUUGUCUACACUUGUCUACAGAGCUGGAAGCCGUUUUCUGCAUAAUGGAAAUUUGGAGCGAGUUUUGUUUACUCUGGCCCGCUCAAAAUCGGCGUCUUACUGCCGAGACGCCCAGACCUCGCGUCCGGGCGGCGGCUAAAGUCCGGGAGGACGCGCCCCGCACGCGAUAACUCGGCCCUCCCGGCGCGGGAGGGAGGCGGCCAGAGGGCGCGGCGUCACAAAGCCGACCGGAAACGAGGAGUCUUGGAGUCCAGACCGAGGGGGUCCCGGGCGACUCCACUGGCCGCGCGCCCUAGCGGGGCGGGAGGCGCACGCCCACCUCCCCUCGCCCCGCCUCCACUCCCCUCCCCUCCCCUGCGGCCGGGGCUGCAGCGCCGCGGCUGCUCGCGCGCCGCAAAGCGUCCUGGGAGAGCCGGAUCACGCCGGAAGGACGCUUGGGCGCUCGGCGGCGGCGAGGUUAUAAAAGGGAAGGAGCCGGCGGCGGGCGGAAGUGGGCGGUUCAGCUGCUCUCGGCUCUGUUGUUUGGUGUUUGGGCCUUCCGAGGGGCGUUCUCUGGAUAGCCGCCGGUGCAGGCCUCAGUGACAGGGCCGCUCGCCCGCGCUCCCCGCCACCUUCUCGGUGCAGCAUCCGCUCCUGGCCUCCGCGACCCUCAGGCCCAACAUGGCGCAGGAGGUGUCGGAGUACCUGAGCCAGAACCCGCGGGUAGCCGCCUGGGUGGAGGCGCUGCGUUGCGACGGCGAGACCGACAAACACUGGCGCCACCGCCGGGAGUUCCUGCUCCGCAACGCCGGGGACCUGGCCCCCGCCGGCGGCGCUGCCUCCGCUCGUCCGGAGGAGGCCGCCGAUGCGGAGAGCGGGACCCGAAAUCGGCAGCUGCAGCAGCUUAUCUCCUUUUCCAUGGCUUGGGCCAACCACGUCUUCCUCGGGUGCCGGUACCCUCAAAAAGUUAUGGAUAAAAUUCUUAGUAUGGCUGAAGGCAUCAAAGUGACAGAUGCUCCAAUCCAUACCACAAGAGACGAACUGGUUGCCAAGGUGAAGAAAAGAGGGAUAUCGAGUAGCAAUGAAGGGGUAGAAGAGCCAAUGAAAAAACGAGCCAUAGAAGGAAAAAGCAAUUCUGCAGUUGAGCAAGAUCAUGCAAAAAUUCUUGCCAAAACAGAACGUGCAUCAGCUCAGCAGGAGAAUAGCUCGACAUGUUCAGGGUCAGCUGCCAUAUCAGAGAGUAGUGGGAACUCGACUCGGAGCUCUGGUACCCCAAGUCAGAAUAGCUCUACGAGUGAUGGAGAUCGAUCUGUUUCCAGCCAAAGCAGCAGCAGCAUUUCCUCUCAGGUAACAGUGGUAGGGUCUGGAAAAGCUUCUGAAUCAGAAGCUCCAGAUAAACAUGGUUCAGCGUCAUUGGUUUCUUCGUUGUUGAAGUCCAGUGUGAAUAGUCAUGUGACCCAGUCCACCGAUUCCAGACAACAAAGUGGAUCACCGAAAAAGAGUGGUUUGGAAGGCUCUUCAGUUUCAGCUUCUCAAAGCAUCUCAGAGAUAGAGGUGCCCUUGUUGGGCGCCUCAGGAAGCUCAGAAGUCGAGUUGCCACUGUUGUCUUCCAAACCUAGUUCAGAGACAGCUUCCAGUGGGCUUACUUCCAAAACUAGUUCAGAGGCAAGUGUUGCAUCAGUGGUUUCUAAAAACAGUUCCUCAUCAGGCACAUCUUUAUUAACCCCCAAGAGCAGCACCUCCACAAACACAUCGAUGCUGACUUCCAAAAGCACUUCACAGGUAGCUGCAUCAUUGUUAGCUUCCAAGAGCAGUUCCCAGACUGGUGGUUCUCUGAUUUCCAAAAGCACUUCCAUAGCAGGUGUGUCCCAGCUGGCUUCUAAGAGUAGUUCUCAGUCUAGCAUGUCACAGUUGCCUUCUAAAAGUACUUCACAGUCAAGUGAGAGUUCUGUCAAAUUCUCUUGUUGCAAGUUAACCAAUGAAGAUGUGAAGCAGAAGCAACCUUUUUUCAAUAGAUUGUAUAAAACCGUGGCAUGGAAGUUGGUAGCUGUUGGUGGCUUUAGUCCCAAUGUGAAUCAUGGAGAGCUCCUCAACGCAGCUAUUGAGGCUCUGAAAGCAACACUGGAUGUGUUUUUUGUCCCACUGAAAGAACUGGCAGAUCUGCCUCAAAAUAAGAGCUCUCAAGAAAGCAUUGUUUGUGAAUUGAGGUGUAAAUCUGUGUAUUUGGGCACUGGCUGUGGAAAAAGCAAAGAAAAUGCAAAAGCAGUUGCAUCAAGAGAAGCCUUGAAAUUAUUUCUUAAGAAAAAGGUGGUGGUAAAAAUUUGUAAAAGGAAAUACAGAGGCAGUGAAAUAGAAGAUCUAGUACUCCUGGAUGAAGAGUCAAGGCCAGUAAAUUUACCUCCAGCAUUAAAACACCCUCAAGAAUUACUCUAAUAUGUCCAAAAUAUCACUGCAUAAAACAUCUGGUAUUUGAAGAGAAAAACUGGCUUACUUUUGUAUAAUAUGAAACAUAAGCUUUCGCAAAUUUUGUAUUGCUUUUUUCCAGUUUUGCAGAAAAUUUACAUUGUAGUUCUCUUCACACAGUGGAAGUUGUAAAUAAUUUAUGAAUGACAGUACACAUUAAAAGGUGGAUGUAUUAACAGCAUACCAAUAUGCUGUUUUAUUUGAAGAAAGUACUGUCUUCUAUUUUUAAUGACACAUUAGGUACGAUGUGUAGUUCUGUAGAGUCUUAAAACUUUUGUACUACUUUCAAUUUGGUGAAAAUGUAUUAAGUUGUCUACCAUGCCUUUUUUUUUUCUAGUUGAAUAAACCUUCACAUCAAAGGAAAGGGGACCAUAGUAUUUGAAUGUCUGAAAGUCUGUGAAGCUUAAGAUUUUAAGAAUGUUGCCAUAAUGCUGAAAGUGUCUGUUAAAGAAUAAAAGAAAAAAUAGUUGCCUCAGACUAUUUUUAUGAGAAGUUGUAAGCAUUUUUUAGAUAUAAAGCAGUGUAAAGUACUUAAGGUUAUUUUAUUCUGACGUUGUUUAAAAUUCACCAUGAUUUUGACCACUGCAGAUUCUUUAAGUGGGUUAAUUUAUGUUUUGAGGUAAAAUACAAUUUACACUUUUUCUUAAAGACAUAAAUGUGGGUUUCUAUAUUAAGCAUAUUUUGUGACUACUACUCUUAACAGAUUGAUUUGUUUAGAUAUUAAAUGCUUUAUGCUAUUUUACCUUUUCAA